UAAGAAAUCGAUGAAAACUUUGCUAAAAUGUUAAGAAAAGUGAAAAAAAUCAAAGCCAAAGCUAAAAGAAAUAUUGAAGAUGUUCCAUUCUAUAAAUUUGUGUACCGAAAUGAUGAGUUACCCUUAGAUCCUGCCAGAAACUUCAUAGAAGAGCAGAUUUCAAAAAUCAACGUCAUCAAACCUGUCUGUUUCAGUAAGGAUUAUAACUUGCACAGAUGCCCUAGAGGCGAUGGUCGUGGAUUUCGCAACCUAUUACUACCGGAAAAACUGUCCUCUUUAGCAAACCCGGAGAACCUUCCGCCUGGCUCGUCAUCAUCGGCACCAUUCGAGAAUCGUCUGCCAGAUGUGACCAACCAACUGGUUAGGCUUUACAAAGACCUUCGGCUGAAAAUUUUCCACGAUCUGGCCCUCACAAAACCGGUUCUGAUGGGGAACGAAUUUUUCCGACGAUACGGUCGAGUGGGCCAAGAUGGCCGCCAUAAGCUUCCCGCUAUUCGCCGCAAAAAGAGACCUGCAAAAUUUCAUUUCGAUGAAUUCGCUUACCGCACACCGGAGGAAAACGACGAAGCGCUGUUACGCAUUCAGCGCCAUUUGGACCGAAUGAUUGCCAAAAGCAUCCGGGAAGCGGAAAAACGACGCCGACAGAAGGAAGAACAAGCACGCAAACCACAGUUUUGCACAUCAUCAUCGAAGGGGAAAAACGUUUACCCGGUGAAGGUUAAGCGAAAGCGACUCAGUAAUGAGCAGUACAUCAAAAAACUGAAACUGGAUGAAAGUAUCAAACUCAAAUAUCUGCAAGCGCUGCUACCUGUUCAUCCUGACGAGCAGAAGCAAACUAUCCUCGAUAAAUACGAAAAUCGUUACGCAGAAGCCUGCACCAGCUUCGACGAAGAUAUGCGCCAGCGAACACUGAAUCUCCUAGACGAGCUGUCGAUAGAAAAAAUCGGACACUACCCAUCGCACCUGAUCAAAAAAAUUCUUCCGCGAAUCGAUGACCGAAUCGUCUAUCUCAAGCAAGCGCACAAGUUUAUCCUGGAAGAGGAAAAACUCUGGCCCAACAUUUACCCAGAGGUGAUGCUGAUGGACUUCUUGUUUGACCCGGAGCACAAUGUGCAUCGCGAUCAGGCAGUCUAUUUGACUAUUUUGCUAAUGGAUCUACAGGAAGACUACCGGUAUCAUGUGAAGCGUUCCUUUCUGCGCUAUAUCCUCCGGUCCGAGGAAGAACGCAAGCGGCUGCAAUUAGCGAUUGAACCGCCCGAGUUUCCAAUACCGACACUGAUUGCGCCAGUUCCAUGGAAAUGUUCUAUUCAAGUCGCCAAAAACCGUUUGGAAGAAGUUUUAAUGGUCAACCAUCCGGUUUUGCAAGCAAUUAACUUGUUAUGGCACAAGCUGUACGGUAACUUGCUGGUGGUUGAUGCAGCGAAAUUUUACAACACAGAUAUUCCUAUGCAUGCGGAUAAGAUCACCGAAGCGAUCUACGAAAGCUGUCGAAUUACGAGAGAUAUUUUGGUGAACGACUGGAUGCCUCGGGUCGCUGAUUUGGUGGAUGUUAUGCGAAAAUACUGGAAGGAUCUGGUACCACGGAAUUCAAUCCACGGCGGUAGAGGGACAAUUUUCUUCAACUGUAUUCACGCGUUGACUUCGUACCAUCUACAAGGUCUGAUUAAGAAGAGCUUAAAUCAUCUGGCUGAAGCACUGGAAGUGUAUCGUGGAGGGGAUGCUCCUCGUGGCGAACAUGAUCAGCACAAGCUUAAAAAGAAACCAUUUAUGACGUUGACCGUAUCGGUAGUAGGGAAACCCGACACAGAAAUUGAAAAAAAUACAGAGAAAAGUGAUAUGUCUCUGUACGAAGCGGACGACGAUGAUCCUAGCCUUCUGUCGUCGGAAUCGAGCGAUAAUUUACUCACGACGACGGCUGACGAGCGAAGAACUUCGUUUCUUAUGAAGAGUAGCGGCAAGAUUGCCAUAUAUCCUUACAUGGAAGAGUUGCCGGAUCUUUUUAAAAACUACUUUGUGAAGAUCUUGAAGGUAGGAUAUAAAAUUCCACGAUUGGAGUAUUAUUUAACUCAGGACCAGAAACUGCUGGGAUACCUGCAUUACAUACGAGAAGACAACGUCGACAUGGAGAAAUUGUACGAAAAGGUUAAAAGUAUUGUGUCCGCGAACCAAACUGGACCAACGACUUAUUUGUAUCCAAUGUACGAGUACUACUUUCCGAUAUUGGCCAACAAAAUGAAGGCCAUUACGGAAAGUAUUUUUUCGCAGCGUGAGCUUCCGUCUCUUGAAAUUUUCAAAGACCUCGUAGACAAAUUCACCGAAUUGCUUCAUGGAAUCUACUUCCUUCGGGAUUUCAUUCCUCUUAACCUAUUCAUGCUGGACAACAGCCGACUGAAUCGGGUGCUAGAAAACCUGGUCAAAGAACUGAAAGCUUUCGUAAUUAAUUACUUCAUAACGCUCAAUCAGGUGGAGAAUCGGCGCAUCUGUGACGAGUUCGAGGAUAUGUCGCUGCACGCCGGCGAACGUCCGAAAGAAACUCCGGAAGUGGUCGCCCUCCAAAAUUACCUAACGCAGUGUCGCGAAGAACGAAUGUACCAGCUGAAGACCGAGAUCAAGCAUGUCGCGCAGCGUGUUCUCUUCCUCCUGACCUACGCCAUACUCGAUCGUAAUAUGCGAAAUUCCGAAUUGGUCCUCGAGCAAUAUACCCUACUGAUGUUGGGUUUUAUUUUUCCAGACGAAGAUAUCAAUUUGAACUCGCGUCUCUUCCUCUGGCCUCAGGAGCUGGAGAAGGUGCUUGAUCUCAGCGGUGCCCGUCUUUCGGUGGUACGUGAAAAUCUGGAAAUGGCCCUCCGUGAACGGCGGGUGCAAUUCGAGCUGUAUUUGAAUACCGAGAAGAAAAAAAUGGACCACUUCCGGACACGGGAGAUUCGCGAGAUGCUCUCGUUGGACGAUUUGAAAGAGAAAGUUGCCACGGUUGACGGUUUAAUGUUGAUACUGGAGAAAUGCAGCAAAGAGGCGAAGGAAAUCAACCAGGAUGAGAAUUUGCUGCAAAUCGACCAAUCGUUUUUCCCAGCGUUGAACGAAAUGAUCGAUAAAAUGGCUCCGAUCGAACGACUUUGGCAUACGGCGUACAAGUUCGAUUCCUGCCACGAAGUGUGGUACUUUGGAUCGUUCAAAGAGCUGGAUGCAACAGUCAUUACCGCCGCCGUUGAGGAAAUGUCCCAUUCAAUGUCGGUGCUGUUGAAGGAACUAGCGGGCAGCCCACAGGCGAAACGUGUAGCCGAGCAAAUCCGCAUGAAAAUUGACAAGUUCAAGAUUUACUUGCCAAUCAUGGAAGCAAUCUGUCGACAAGGUCUCUGCGAACGACAUUGGGUGCAGAUAUCGGAAGAACUAGGCCAGGAGGUGGAUCCAAAUGUUCAGAACUCCCUGGGACUGAUGGUCGAUAUCGAUAUUAUGAAGAUCCAAAACCGUCUGGAAGAAAUUUCCAAUGCAGCCGGAAAAGAGUACGAGCUUAACAUACAACUCGUGAACAUGCAAGAAGAAUGGGUUGAUAUAAAGUUUGCGUGCAUCCAGUAUCGUGAUUCGGAUAUGUCUAUACUGUCGUCAGUGGAUGAUAUUCAGACGCUACUCGACGACCACAUCUUGAAAGCCCAAGCAAUGCGAGGAUCACCGUACAUUGCAGCUCUUGGUAGCAAAGCAACGAUGUGGGAGGACAAACUAAUUUCAAUGCAGGACAUCAUCGAUAUCUGGCUGCAAGUUCAAGCUACAUGGAUGUAUCUGGAGCCGAUUUUCAGCUCCGAGGAUAUCAUGCGCCAAAUGCCAACAGAAGGACGCCACUUCAAAACCGUUGACAAACUGUUCCGCAAAGUGAUGCGUCAUUCGACCACUGAUCCCCACGUUAUCCAAGCUACCGAUUUCCCGGAUUUGUUGAACGUGCUGAGGAAUGCUUUCAAAGACCUGGAGGACAUCCAGCGAGGACUGAAUUUGUACCUCGAAAAGAAGCGGCUCUUCUUCGCACGAUUCUUCUUUCUCUCUAAUGAUGAAUUGCUGGAGAUUUUGUCCGAGACUAAGGAUCCCAUGCGGGUUCAGCCCCAUAUGAAGAAGUGUUUCGAGGGUAUUAAUUCUUUGCAGUUCGACUCACAGAUGGAGAUUACAGCGUUUACGUCAGCGGAGGAUGAGCAGAUUCCGGUUACGAGGAAAAUUAAUCCUGCGCUAGCAAAUGGUUUGGUUGAGAAAUGGCUCAAAGAGGUCGAGGUUGUCAUGUUGGAAAGUGUCAAAGAACAAAUCUGGCAAUCGUACGAGUCGUAUUUCAAGGAUCCCCGCAAGACAUGGGUACUGAAUUGGCCUGGUCAAGUCGUGCAGGUAGUUUCCUGCUUGAAAUGGACGGAAGAGGCGGAGGAGGCCAUUAAAAAUAACAAGUUAACGGAAUAUUCGCAACAGUGUACCUCGCAAAUUGGUGAACUGGUGGAACUAGUCAGAGGUGAUUUAUCUGCGGGAGCAACAAUCACAAUAGAAGCUCUGAUCGUGGUGGAUGUUCAUGCUCGCGACAUAAUCGACUUGCUGAUCCAAACGAAUAUCACCGACACUGGGGACUUCAAUUGGUUCUCGCAGCUGCGCUACUAUUGGAGGAUCGACGAUGAUGAUAAACAGAGUUACGUUUCCUGUAGCAUGGUGACCACGGAUCUUAAGUACGGCUUGGAAUAUCUUGGUAACACAGGUCGCCUGGUCACAACUCCCUUAACCGAUCGCUGUUUCCGAACGUUGAUGGGAGCUUUUAAACUCAAUCUCGGAGGAGCACCUGAAGGUCCUGCGGGUACGGGUAAAACUGAAACGUGCAAAGAUCUUGCUAAGGCCGUGGCGAAAAAAUGCGUUGUCUUUAACUGUUCCGAUGGGUUGGACUAUAAAGCGCUCGGAAAGUUCUUUAAAGGUUUGGCACAAUCGGGCUCGUGGGCGUGCUUCGACGAGUUCAAUCGUAUUGAGCUGGAAGUACUAUCGGUCGUGGCUCAGCAGAUUCUGACUAUUCAACGCGCAAUCGCCUGUAAAGUGGUCAAGUUUACCUUCGAAGAGACUACCCUGAGGCUCGAUCCGACGUGUAACAUUUUCAUCACGAUGAAUCCGGGCUAUGCCGGACGAACAGAGCUCCCAGAUAAUCUCAAAGUACUGUUCAGAACGGUAGCUAUGAUGGUUCCGGACUACGCUAUGAUCGGAGAGAUCACACUCUAUUCGAAUGGGUUUGACGAGGCGAGGAUUCUAGCGCAGAAGAUCGUUCAUACUUAUAAACUAUGCUCGGAGCAACUGUCAUCUCAGUCUCAUUACGAUUACGGCAUGAGAGCUGUAAAAUCUGUGUUAACUGCCGCUGGAGCAUUGCGGCGUUCACAGCCGCAGCUAUCAGAAGCUCAGAUUGUCUUACGAGCAAUUAUCGACGUUAACCUGCCAAAGUUCCUGCAGCAGGAUAUCCCGUUGUUCGAGGGGAUUUAUAAGGACUUGUUCCCUGGCGUAGAACUCCCACCGCCUGCUCGUGAAGACAUCGUUCGCCUGUUGUUGAUCGAACUUAUCAAGCGCAAACUUCAACCGACACCAUGGUUCAUCGAGAAGGUCAUGCAGAUAUAUGAAAUGUUGCUGGUACGUCACGGUCUGAUGAUCGUCGGAGACUCGAUGGGUGGCAAAACUAUGGCCUAUCAAUUACUGGCGGAAACUCUAAGGGAACUUCGCAAAGAGAAAGGGAUCUCAUGCGAGGAACAAGGCGUCACCUUUAGAAUCAUCAAUCCGAAGGCCAUUUCGAUGGGACAGUUGUACGGUAGUUUCGAUCCAGCAUCGCAUGAGUGGUCUGAUGGUGUAUUGGCAAACACCUUCCGCGAGAUGGUGUAUACUCACAGUUUGGAAAGACAGUGGAUCAUAUUCGAUGGCCCCGUGGAUGCCGUGUGGAUAGAGAAUUUGAACACAGUUCUCGACGACAACCGGAAAUUGUGCUUGAUGUCCGGUGAAAUAAUACAGAUGACCAAAAUGAUGAACUUGAUAUUUGAACCAGCAGAUCUGGAUCAGGCAUCGCCUGCCACGGUUUCGCGUUGCGGCAUGAUCUACAUGGAACCUGCACAACUCGGCUGGAUAGCACUACAUAAGUCAUAUCUGUUACACUUGGAAGAACGGGGAGUUAGUGAGAUCAACAUCGGCUUGUUCGAACAGUUGGCGGAAUGGCUUAUUCCGCCGGCUUUGAAUUGGUUGAAGUCCGUUGACACCGUUCUAACCCUGUCAGAGAUGCACCAUUAUUCCAUGCUAUCCAAGUUUUUCACUAUAUUUAUAUCAAGAGCCUCAAACUACAACCAGAUUUGGUUCCAACAGACAUUCCUGUUCUGCUACGCUUGGGCAUAUUUCUCAGUCGUAACUGUCAAAGGACGGAAAAUUAUAGACCCACUGUUAAGAAAGAUCAUGUACGGAGCUAACGAGGAUCAUCCGAAACCAAAACAUUACUCUCUCAACCGAGGACAAAUGUACCCGGAGAAGAUGAACUUUCUCGAUUACCGUUUCGAUGAGCAGGAAACCUGGUGGCCUUGGUUAAAGUCCGAAGAUCUAACGCUUCCGGAAAGUUGUAUCGUUUCGGAGCUGAUGGUCCCGACAAAGGAAAGCGGGUACAUCCUGUACUGGACAGAGAUGUGUCUUUCGGCUGCUAUUCCGAUUCUUUUGGUGGGUCCAACAGGUACCGGUAAAAGUGCAACCAUUGCGAGUUACAUCCGAGAUUUGCCAAAAGCAAAGUUUAUUUCCAACAUUAUCAACUGCUCGGCUCGAAGCACUGCCCAACAGAUGCAGGAUACCAUCAUGUCUAAACUGGAUCGACGUAGGAAAGGGGUGUUUGGACCUCCAGUAGGAAAAGAGUGCGUCAACUUUAUCGAUGAUGUCGCCAUGCCCGCCCGUGAUGAAUACGGUUCACAACCACCCUUGGAGUUGAUCCGUCAGUGGUUGGAUCAUAAACUGUGGUCCGAUCUGCGCGAUACAUCCAAGAUUGAGUUGAUUGAUUUGUUGUUCGUCGGAGCAAUGGGUCUUGUUGGUGGUAGCAACUACAUUCCGCAGCGUUUGUUCCGACACACAUUCGUUGUAUCCGUCGAUUCCUUCGAAGACACCACUUUGCUCAGAAUAUUUACCUCCAUUGGGGAGUGGCACUUCGCUAAAGGCUAUCCUGACACUGUUUCUCGCCUGUGCAAAAACCUUAGCCAAGCUGUUAUCUCAGUAUACCGGGGAGCCAUUGCAAAUUUCUUGCCGACACCAGCCAAAUCACACUACCUUUUCUCACUGAGAGAUGUUACCCGAUUAUACCAGGGAAUCGUGCUAGUUCCUGCUAAACGACUCCAGGAUCCAGAAAAGCUAGUCCGUCUAUGGGCUCACGAAACCUACCGCGUAUUCUACGAUCGACUGAUAGAUGAUAAUGACAAGCAAAUUCUUCUGCAAUUAGUAGACGAAGCGGCCAACACUCAGCUACGAAUGAAGCUUGAAGUAGCCUUCGGAGAUCGCUUGGAAAGCGGUCAUCGAGUUGCCGAUAAACAUAUGCGCGAUCUUUUGUUUGGAAACUACAUGGAACCGGAUGCCGUUAAGCGAGUGUACGACGAGGUGGACAGCUGGACCAAAUUGGAAAAGAACAUGAACUAUUAUUUGAGUGAAUAUAAUACUCAUUCCAAGUCGCCGAUGAAUCUAGUGUUGUUCAGAUUUGCGAUUGAGCAUGUGUCCAGGAUCUCCCGGGUUUUGCAAAUGCCACGUGGACACUUACUACUGGUUGGGCUCGGUGGAGCCGGUAGGCGAAGCGCUGUUAAAAUGGCUGCCAAUAUGGCCGACGCUGAUGUAUUUCAGGUUGAGGUGACCAGGAGCUACUCGAUAAACGAGUGGCGAGAAGAUAUGAAGAAACUACUGAUGAAUGCUGGGAAUGAAGGAAAAUCCACUGUAUUCUUGUUCAAUGAUUCACAAGCGAAAGAUGAAGCAUUUGUGGAAGAUAUUAACUCUUUACUGAACACGGCUGACAUACCAAAUCUGUUCCAAACUGACGAAAAGGCCGUUAUUCUAGAGCAGAUGCAGACUAUUGCGAGACAAACCAACAAACCCAUUGACUCGACUGCUUUAUCAUUGUACAAUUUCUUCGUAGAAAGAGUCCGAGAAAAUCUACAUAUUGCACUAGCAUUUUCUCCGAUAGGAGAUUCAUUCAAAAAACGUAUACGCAUCUAUCCGUCACUUAUCAAUUGCUGCACCAUCGAUUGGUUCACCUCGUGGCCAGAUGAUGCGUUGCAGAAGGUCGCGGAGAACUUCAUACGAUCGAUGGAACUGGAUCAGGAAGCUCCAUCAGUUGAACCUUCUACGACAUCGCUACAGCCAAACGACGAAGAACAAGAGAAGCAGAAAGCGAGAAAAUUAAACCGUCUCGAAAGAAAACUUGUAGAGUUGGUAAUGGUGUUCAAUCGUGGAGUGGUAGAAAAUUCGACACGUUUCUUCCUGGAACAAGGAAGAAAGAACUACGUAACUCCCACGUCAUACUUGGAAAUGAUGCGUUCAUUCAAUACACUCUAUCGAAAGAAAUACUCCGAGAUUAUUUCCCAGCGGGAUCGAUACACUGUCGGGCUGGAGAAGUUGGAAUUUGCCGCCGGCCAAGUGUCGGUAAUGCAGGACCAAUUGAAAAGCCUACAGCCACAGCUGAAGCAAACUUCGGACGAGACCGAAAAAAUCAUGGUGAACAUCGAACGUGAAACAGCCGAAGCCGAGAAGAAGAAGGAAAUCGUUGGAGCAGAUGAAACAGCUGCCAACGAGGCAGCCGCGUCAGCUCAAGCCAUCAAGGAUGACUGCGAGAGUGAUCUACAGGAAGCGGUUCCAGCACUGGAGGCAGCACUCGUGGCGCUGGAUACGCUCAAACCAGCCGACAUAACCGUUGUCAAGUCGAUGAAGAAUCCACCGUCGGGAGUGAAGCUGGUGCUGGAGGCGGUUUGUGUAAUCAAGGGCAUCAAGCCCGAUCGCAAGACGGAUCCAACCGGAAAGGUGUUGGAAGAUUAUUGGGGUCCGUCGCAGAAAAUGUUAGGCGAUUUGAAAUUCCUAGAUGGUCUUAAAACCUUCGAUAAGGAUAACAUUCCCGUUCCUGUAAUGAAAAAAAUCCGCGAAGUCUACAUAGCGGAUCGCGAGUUCGUGCCGGAGAAAAUCAAAAACAUCUCGAUGGCCUGUGAGGGACUCUGCCGAUGGGUACGCGCAAUGGAGAUCUACGACCGGGUGGCGAAGAUUGUCGCCCCCAAAAAAGUUGCCCUGGCUGGGGCCGAAGCGGAACUCGCGAUGCAGAUGGAGAAGCUCAACGCCAAACGGGCCGAGCUGCAGGAAAUCUUGGACAAGCUGCAGAAGCUGAAUGAUUUCUUUGCCGAAAAGUCCCGAGAGAAAAAGCGAUUGGAGGACGAGAUUGACAGUUGCGAGAAGAAACUGGUCCGCGCGGAACAGCUAAUCGGUGGUCUGGGAGGCGAGAAGAAGCGGUGGUCUGAGUGCGCGGCGAACCUGCACAAAUCGUUGGAAAAUGUGAUCGGAGACGUACUGUUGGCUGCCGGAUGUGUUGCCUAUUUAGGUUGUUUUUCGACCGAGUUCCGAAGUCGAAUCAUAGCCGAUUGGAACCAACUGACCGUGCAGAAGGAAAUUCCUUGCUCCGAAAAAUUUUCACUUUUGGCUACUCUUGGCAAUGCUUUGGAAAUUAGAAACUGGUCAAACUGCGGUCUGCCAACAGACGCUUUCUCGGUCGAGAAUGGAAUAAUUGUAAAACACGCCCGACGUUGGCCACUGAUGAUAGACCCGGAGGGGCAGGCUAACAAGUGGGUCAAAAAUAUGGAAAAAGAAAAUAAUUUGAAGAUCAUUCAACAGUUGGAUCCCAACUACAUGAGAGUGGUCGAGAAUGCUCUGACUAACGGAUAUCCCGUCCUACUAGAGAAUGUUGGCGAAACCAUUGACUCCGGGUUGAAUACAAUAUUGGAGAAAAAUGUGUUCCGUUUAAGAGGUGCCAACCUGAUCAAAUUCGGCGACGGUUUGAUAGAAUACAAUGAAAAUUUCCGUUUCUACAUAACAACGAGUCUAAGAAACCCUCACUAUCUGCCAGAAACCGCCGUCAUGGUGACACUGAUGAACUUUAUGAUCACGGAGCAAGGAUUGCGUUCGCAACUGUUGGCCACAGUUAUCAUUCAAGAACGUCCCGAUCUGCAGGAGAAGAAAGAGUGCCUGAUCAUCGAGUCCGCUCAGAAUCAGGAAGCUCUGUACAAUGCUGAAGCAAAGAUACUGCAGGUCCUUUCCUCGUCCGAAGGUAACAUCCUGGAUGACGAGAAUGCGAUCAACAUACUUACCUCCAGCAAACAACUUUCCGAGGAGAUUCAAGCGAAACAGCUCGUUGCAGUGGCAACCGAAGCGGAAAUCGAUGCAGCCAGGCAGCUCUACAUCCCGGUGGCACGCCAUUCUGCAGUUCUCUUCUUCUGUACCACCGAACUAGCCAACAUUGAUCCGAUGUAUCAGUUCAGCCUUACCUGGUUCUUGAACAUAUUCGUUCAAACGAUUCUCAAAACACCUAAAUCGGACAGCUUGGAUGAACGUUUACAAUUGCUGAUCGACUAUUUCACCAAAGCAAUCUACACUAACGUUUGUCGAUCGUUGUUCGAAAAAGACAAGCUCAUGUUCUCCUUCGUUCUUUGCUCGGGAAUACUUCGUGGAGAGGGCAAGAUUGACGACCAGGAACUUUCAUUCCUGUUGACUGAAGGAAUUGCUCUUGAAAACCCCUAUCCAAACCCUGCACCGGAGUGGCUAACCGAUAAAGCAUGGACCGACCUUGUCCGCGCUAGCUCUCUGAAAUCUCUGGAGAAACUACGUGAUUCGUUCCAAGGGAAGUUGGAUCAAUGGAGAGAUUAUUACAAUCAAAGCACUCCCGAAGAAUGUCAACUCCCGGAACCAUAUCACGAGCGCGAAGAUUUGGUGAAACUCAUCAUACUGAAAUGUCUACGCCCGGAUAAGGUCGUACCUGCGCUGCAAAAGUUUAUUAUUCAGACAAUUGGCCAAUCCUACAUCGAACCUCCCCAGUUCAACCUGCGUACCUCCUAUGAGGAUAGCUCUCCUAGAAUUCCACUCAUAUUCAUGUUAUCAUCGGGAUCCGACCCGAUGGAUAGUUUGCUCUCAUUUGCGAGCGAAAAAUAUAUGAGCGAUGAUAGUCGGGUCAUUUCGUUGGGCCAAGGACAGGGACCUAAAGCGACUAAAACCAUAAUUGACGCUAUCAAACUUGGCCAGUGGGUGAUCCUGCAGAACUGUCAUGUCGCUGAAUCCUAUAUGGACGAUCUGGAGAAGUUGGUGAUGGAUUCCAGCCUGUACGAACACGUGCAUCCGAAGUAUCGAUUAUGGUGUACGUCCUAUCCAAGCAAAAAAUUCCCGGUCCCGAUUCUGCAGAAUAGUGUCAAAAUGACCAAUGAAGCACCGAAAGGUUUGAAAUUGAACAUGAUGAGGGCGUACACAUCGGAACCGCUUGAUAAUGAAACGUUCCUGGAUGAAGCGUUCCAUGGCGACAAAAACACCACACGGGUAUGGACAAGAGGUGUGUUCUCCAUAGUAUUCUUCCAUGCGGUUGUUCAGGAACGCUGUAAGUUUGGUCCGCUCGGCUGGAACAUACCGUACGAGUUCAACGAAUCUGAUCUCAAGAUUUCACUGAUGCAGCUGAAGUUGUUCCUACAUCAGUACUCGUACAUUCCGUUCGAAGGGCACAUCUAUCUGACGGGUGAGUGCAACUACGGUGGACGAGUGACAGAUGACAAAGAUAGACGCCUGCUCAUGUCACUCCUGAACCGAAUCUACAACCCGGAAUCCAUUGAUAUUGAUGAAUAUCAACUUUCCGAAUCCGGCACCUAUCGGGUGCCUAUCAAUCCCGUCAAAGCGGAAACCUUGGAGUACCUAUCGACAUUGCCGCUGACAGCCCAUCCGGAGGUGUUUGGACUUCACGAAAAUGCUGAUAUUACCAGAAACAUCGACGAGACCAAUUCGCUCCUGGACCGUGUGUUGCUAACACAAACGCAACUGUUGGCCGGAAAAUCUUCCGGAGGUAAAGAUGAACAGAAAAUCGAUCCUGUACUGCUUAUUUGUACGGAGAUUCUUAAGAAGAUACCGGAUCCUUUCGAUGUCGAAGGAACGGCUGAGAAGUACCCGAUCCAGUACACUAAUUCGAUGAACACUGUUCUACGGCAGGAGCUAACUCGCUUCAAUCGCCUAAUCAAUUACAUCAAAGCUAGUCUGGUGGACGUCCAGCGAGCCAUUCAGGGACAGAUCAGUAUGAUCCCCGAACUGGACCGAGUGUACCGCUCGAUGAACAUCGGCAAGGUGCCAGAGGCAUGGCUCGCCAAGAGCUACCCAUCUUUGAAACCGCUGGGUAGCUAUAUCAACGACUUUGUUUCAAGACUGGCAUUCUUCCAACGCUGGAUCGAUGACGGUGAACCGAAGGUUUACUGGAUUAGCGGUUUCUAUUUCACCCAAUCGUUCCUGACAGGUGUCAUGCAGAAUCAUUCGCGAAAAAAUAGACUGAAAAUCGACGAUCUGGUAAUGUCGUUCGAUGUGACGGAAUUCGAAUCGGAAGAUAGGGUCCAGAAGAGGGCAGAUAUUGGUACAUUUGUGAGGGGACUCUACCUGGAGGGAGCCCGUUGGAAUAGAGAACUUAAACACUUGGACGAACCGCUGCCCCGUAUACUGUACGACGUGCUGCCCAUAAUUUCCAUGACCCCUACUCCAAAGGAAUGUAAAAGAGCAACGGAAGGCUACCGGUAUGAUUGUCCCAUCUACAAAACGAGUGCCCGCCGCGGAAUCCUUUCGACAACGGGUCAUUCGACAAAUUUCGUUAUGUUUCUCGAUUUGGAUAGCGAUCAGAAACCGGAGCACUGGAUUCUUCGUGGAACCGCUUGUCUAUGCCAGUUGGAUGAUUGAUUCUAGAUUCCUGGAAUUUCUAUAUACUAUAUUUUAUACACAAACACCAGUGGCCAUGAGUGAUACUGUUCUCUAAUGCAUUUAAAAACAUAAUAAUUAUACACACUGUUUUAGAUUGGCUUGGAAAAUAAAUAUUCUUCAAUGUGUAUG